AAAUCUUUGCCAGAGGUGCGGCGUCGUGCGGUGGGCGUGGCAUUUAAAGGGCUGAGAGAGAGAUCUGUACGGUAAGCAGGAUGGGCCAAUCAUCAUCCAGCAGCGGCAGGCAGCGCUUCACGCGGCGGUAACAGCGCAGCACUCGCGAGCUCCGCACGAGCGCGCGUGCAAGGAGUUUUUUUCUUUCUUCUUUACAUACCGGUGACCGGUUAGACGAGAAUCCGAUGAAAACCAAGGAGCUGCAGUCUGUUCAGAAGUGCUGGCGGGACGACUUCAAAGAAGGGAAGAGCUCUGUGGAUGCGGGAGUACAGGAGCCGAAAAAACUUAUUUUAAACGCAAGUUCUUCCGGUAAUCGACAUGCGACCGAAAACCUGAUACUUCUGAGUCGGGACGCCAGCUUUGAAAGUUCUGAAUCCCGAAGCGGACAGAAAGGAGUAGCGUUACGCGAGGAGAACCAUGAGUGUUGCGUCUCGCUGUGGGACAUGGAAAGAGUGUCAGAAGGAGGUGCCGUGACUCCAGGCAGAGUUUCGGAGGAAAAUGUGACCCAGUGCCUGAACGCACCAGACUUUUUAACAGACUUCAGUUGCUCGUCUCCGUUAGCCGAACGCAAAAUGACUAAAAGUACGUCGCAACCGUCCGUGCCAGGUCGGCAGGGUGGAGAAGCGGAGCGGCAAGCCUCCAACCCGUUCCCUAGGAUUAUUCCCAAACUAAUAGUCACCCAGGACGAUUUAGGUCCCGGUCAGGACAGUCCGCACAUCAGUAAUUUGACUUUAAGCAUGGGCGGCUUUUCGCUGGACCUGCAUCCCGACGAGGACUCGCCCUGCUCGGACAGCGGCUGUGGAGGCUCCCCCGCGCCCUCUCCCUUCCACAGGAAACUGUCCAGCUCCUCCUCCGCUGGAUUGUCCUCCGCCUCGUCCUUCGAGGAGUCCGAGGAUGAUUUCACGGGCAGCGACAUAGAGCCCGCGAGUCUGUCCCCCCGUAUGAUCGGCAGUCCCGACGAACCCACAGGGGCUAAAUCGUGGAGGAAGCUAAAGACUAUGGUGCAUUGCUCUCCAUUCGUGGUUUCGUUUAAGAAACGAUAUCCUUGGGUUCAGCUCGCAGGCCAUGCAGGUAAUUUCCAGGCAGGCGAGUACGGGAAACUAUUAAAGAAGUACUGUGAAUGUGAGCAGCAGUGUCUCGAGAAGCUGAUGAACGACUGCCUCCGGCCGUUUGUUCCCGGUUACUACGGCAUCGUUCAGCAGAACGACCAGGAUUACAACCUAAUGGAUGAUCUGCUGACCGACUUCAACUCCCCUUCGAUCAUGGAUUGCAAGAUGGGAAGCAGGACAUACUUGGAAGAAGAGCUGGUGAAGGCCCGUGAGCGUCCUCGUCUUAGGAAGGAUAUGUACGAGAAGAUGGUAGCCGUGGACCCAGGAGCACCUAGUCCAGAGGAGAAAGCCCAGCAGGCCGUACUUAAACCACGGUACAUGCAGUGGAGGGAAACGCUGAGCUCGACCGCCACUCUCGGCUUCCGCAUUGAGGGCAUCAAGAAAGCAGAUGGCACAUGCAACACCAGCUUUAAAAAAACCAAACAUAAGGAGCAGGUGAUGAAGGCCUUGAGUGACUUUGUGGAUGGAAACACACAGUUACUGAGGAGUUAUCUGCAGAGGCUGGAGGAGCUACGAAGCACUCUGGAGACGUCACAGUUCUUCAGGACACACGAGGUGGUUGGGAGUUCUUUGCUCUUCGUCCACGAUGCUUCAGGCCUGGCCCGAGUAUGGAUGAUAGACUUUGGUAAAACCGUCCCGCUGCCGCCACCCCAAACCCUGGACCACCGCACGCCCUGGGCCGAGGGGAACCGGGAGGACGGGUACCUGUGGGGUCUGGACAACCUCAUUCAGAUCUAUGGAGACAUGCUGCAGGACACCACACCUCCCUCCCCGUGAUGGACGUGUAAGGACACGCUGAUGGAGGGAGGAGCACGACAGGAUAUUGGUUCUUGUGCUGUCGGGGAGAUAAAGAGCCAAGUGGGAAAAACUCCAGCUUGUUUUUUUUCUACAAGCUCUUUUUUUGCACAUGUGGUCCCGUAGAUCCACAGAAGCUCCACCAGAGUCAAAACACACUGAUUACUGAACCCAAACAGACUCGAAGGAGAAGAAACUUUUACAUUUCUUUUUAGAACAUAUGCUACGUUUACUUCCCCUUUUUUUUUUUUACCUACAAAUAUAACACUAUCGAACUGGAAUGCGCUUUUCGUUUUUUUUUAUUUUGUACAUUUUUCUCUGGGGUCCAUGGUUAUGUAAAUAGUGCUUAUUUAAUGAUUAUUUUUCUCUUCUGUAGUUUAACCCAUACCUCAUGAAUUUCUGAAAGGUGGUCUUACUGCCAAACUACAGACAGGCUGUCUUCUUUUUAUUUCCUGUGGUCUUCUAAUCUUGAUUAUACUCGUGGUUUAUAUUUCCAUGACUCAUAUGUCCUGUUGAAUUUUGCAGAACGGUAAACGGUUUAGUCACCAGAGGUUUUACUAGGUUUAACAGUUAACACAUUUGCUUUGCCAGAAAUAGGGUAGUAGUUUUUUUGUUUCGUUUUGUUUUUUUUUUGCACGUUUGAAGACAGUCAAACCCCACCAAGAUUGUAUCUUAUUGAUGAGUAAUAGAUGCAGGUGCCGCGUUUUACACACGUUGACGGAGCGUUUGUUCACGCUUGGUUUUUAAGGUAGCCCAUCCGUAGCUGACCUGUUUGCAUUGUUAGCUUUGGUUUCUAGGUUAGCCAGUUGCAUGCAAGAUUAGAAUAGGUUCGAGAGGUUAACCAUCUUCAUCUGGAUCAACGACCAUCAACGUGAUUUUAUUUUUCACCUUUUAAACCGUUUUGUGAGCUUUCGGGCGGCAGAAUGACCCCCGACCCCCCGCUCCACAGCGGGCACUGUAGAUUUCAGCUUCGUAGUGAUCUCAUCGGCUUAUUUGCAUGAAGAACAAAUCUCACGGUUGAUCUCCCAAACUGCGGUGGAAAAUGAUUUGGGUGUUUGAGCAGGCUAUAGUAAGCGUCAGGGCCACAGAGGUCACGUUAGGUACCGCAGUCAGCGAAAAACCAAAAAGUAACCAGAAAUGUAAUUUAUUUCCCAUCAGAAGUCCACGUUUGUUUAAUUUCCGUGGAUGACGUUCACCCUCUUGCACAAUCUCACAACUGUGAUAAAGCGAUUACCUCACCUGGAUAUUUUUGUUAACGUUAGUUUAUGGAACAUGAUGUUCUACCCCUCUGUGUGUGUGUGUGUGUGUGUGUAUGUGUGUGUGUCGUCUUACAGCUUCAGAGAUUGUGUUUUCCAGCACACUGUCUGUUGGUGUGUCUGUCAGUAUUUCCUCAUGGAAGCGGUGAACUCAUCGCCUCACGCAUUCUUUUGGAGAUCCACUGCAUUGUUUACAGAUCAAGUAUUGUGUGUCUUUCAAAUAGCUGAAAUCGGUUUAUCUCUACCGUACUUCAUGGAACCAGAACUGAAUUUUUUUUUUUUAUUGUUGUCUCAUGCUAUUUAAUACAGUUUGAGGCAGCAGUUUAACUGUAAUGGGGACAAACUGAGCAUCUGUACUCAUCACCUCGAAACUUUGUCUUGAAAGCCAACAAUACAAUAAACUGGAACUGUUAUAUUA